AUGGCCGUGCGCUCCCGCCGCCCGUGGGUGAGCGUGGCGCUGGGGCUGGUCCUGGGCUUCACCGCCGCGUCCUGGCUCAUCGCCCCCCGGGUGGCCGAGCUGAGCGAGAGGAGGCGACACGGCUCCAGCCUCUGCUCCUACUACGGCCGCUUGGCCACCGGGCCCCGCGCGGGCGCGCAGCAGCCGCUCCCCCAGCCCCAGUCCCGGCCGCGGCUAGAGCAGUCGCCGCCCCCUGCCAGCCAGGAGCUCUUGGGGCCGCAGCGGCCGGAGGCGGCGCCCGGAGGUCCCAGUUUUCGGAGCAGCCCCUGGCAGCAACCAGCUCCGCUGCCGCAGAGGAGGCGAGGACACAAGCCCGAAGGUGCGACGGCGCUUCCCGUCGCUCCAGCAGCCAAAGGGGAACCGGAGGAAGAGGAUGGGGGCGCGGCUGGCCCUCGGAAGGGUGGCCGGCCAGGGAGCAGCCACAACGGCAGCGGAGACGGGGGCGCCGCUGCCCCGAGCCCAGGACCCGGGGACUUCCUGUACGUGGGUGUGAUGACCGCGCAGAAGUACCUGGGCAGCCGCGCGCUGGCCGCGCAGAGGACCUGGGCGCGCUUCAUCCCCGGCCGCGUGGAGUUCUUUUCCAGUCAGCAGCCUCCCAGUGCCGCGCUCGGCCAGCCCCCUCCACCUUUGCCUGUCAUCCAGCUGCCGGGGGUCGACGAUUCCUACCCUCCCCAGAAGAAGUCCUUCAUGAUGAUCAAGUACAUGCACGACCACUACCUGGACAAGUAUGAGUGGUUCAUGCGCGCCGACGACGAUGUCUACAUCAAAGGUGAUAAAUUAGAAGAAUUCCUUAGGUCUCUAAAUAGCAGCAAGCCUCUCUACCUGGGACAGACUGGCCUGGGGAAUACAGAAGAACUUGGAAAGCUGGGGCUGGAGCCUGGGGAGAACUUCUGCAUGGGAGGACCUGGCAUGAUCUUCAGCCGAGAAGUUCUCAGGAGGAUGGUGCCUCACAUUGGCGAAUGCCUCCGAGAAAUGUACACCACUCACGAGGAUGUGGAGGUGGGGCGCUGUGUUCGCCGCUUUGGUGGGACUCAAUGCGUCUGGUCUUAUGAGAUGCAACAGCUGUUCCAUGAAAACUACGAACACAAUCGCAAGGGUUACAUCCAAGACCUUCACAACAGCAAAAUCCACGCAGCCAUCACACUUCAUCCAAAUAAAAGGCCCGCGUACCAAUACAGACUGCAUAAUUACAUGCUUAGCCGCAAGAUCUCCGAGCUCCGCUACCGCACCAUCCAGCUCCACAGAGAAAGUGCACUCAUGAGCAAGCUCAGCAACAGUGAAGUGAGCAAAGAGGACCAGCAGCUAGGAGUGAUGCCUUCUUUCAACCACUUCCAGCCCCGGGAGAGAAAUGAAGUCAUCGAGUGGGAGUUCCUGACUGGGAAGCUGCUUUACUCAGCCUCAGAGAACCAGCCUCCUCGACAGAGCAUCAACAGCAUCCUUAGGACAGCCCUGGAUGACACCGUCCUGCAGGUGAUGGAAAUGAUCAACGAGAAUGCCAAGAGUAGGGGCCGGCUCAUUGACUUCAAGGAAAUUCAGUAUGGCUACCGCAGGGUUGAUCCCAUGCAUGGGGUGGAGUACAUUUUGGAUCUGCUCCUCUUGUACAAAAGGCACAAAGGAAGGAAACUGACUGUGCCUGUGAGGCGCCAUGCCUAUCUUCAGCAGUUGUUUAGCAAGCCUUUCUUCAGAGAAAUGGAAGAACUUGAUGUCAACAGCCUGGUGGAGAGUAUUAACAGCGGCACUCAGUCAUUCUCCUUAAUAUCCAAUUCUCUAAAAACACUCUCUUCUCUUCAAGAGACCAAAGAAAUAGGAGGGCACAAACAAAAGAAAGUACACAUUCUUGUUCCCCUUAUUAGAAGGUAUGAUACUUUCUUGAGAUUCAUGGAAAAUUUUGAAAGUACCUGUCUUAUCCCAAAGCAAAAUGUAAAGCUGGUCAUCAUCCUUUUCAGUGGGGAUUCUGGCCAAGAGUCCAACAAGCACAUUGAGCUGAUACAAGACUAUCAGAACAGGUACCCUAAUGCAGAAAUGAUGCUGAUUCCCAUGAAGGGGGAGUUUUCCAGAGGUCUUGGUCUUGAAAUGGCUUCUUCUCAGUUUGACAAUGACACAUUGCUGCUAUUUUGUGAUGUUGACUUGAUCUUUAGAGGAGACUUUCUCCAGCGAUGUAGAGACAAUACAAUUCAGGGACAACAGGUAUACUACCCCAUCAUCUUUAGCCAGUACGACCCAAAGGUGACCCACAUGGGAAAUCCUCCCACAGAGGAUGACUUUGUGUUCUCAAAGGAAACUGGAUUUUGGAGAGACUAUGGCUAUGGUAUCACUUGUAUUUACAAAAGUGAUCUACUGGGUGCAGGUGGAUUUGAUACCUCAAUACAAGGCUGGGGACUGGAAGAUGUAGAUCUCUACAACAAAGUUAUCCUAUCUGGCUUACAACCCUUCAGAAGUCAAGAAGUGGGAGUGGUGCAUAUUUUCCAUCCAGUUCAUUGUGAUCCUAACUUGGACCCUAAGCAGUAUAAGAUGUGCUUAGGAUCCAAAGCAAGUACUUUUGCCUCAACCAUGCAACUGGCUGAACUCUGGUUAGAAAAACAUUUGGGUAUCAGGGACAAUCGAACUCUCUCCUGACAGUCCAGGCAACACACAUUGCCUUUUGGAAGGGGAGUUUACCUCAGU